CGUAAACGCCUUCUCCCACUAUCGACUGAGAUUUCAACAUUUUCCAAAAACCCCACUGAAGGGCUCCUGGAGGAAACUCCAAAACCCAGAAAACCAAAACAAUGCUGCCCAAAACCCCGAGGCCUCCUCCCCACCCGCGAAUCCCACCCAUCCUCUCCGCGGCCGCCUCCGCCGCCGCCACCGCAAUGGUGCUCCGCUCCCUCGCCAAUGACCUCAUCCCGCACGAGUUCCGACACGAGCUCUUCCUCAGGCUCCGCCGCUUCCUCAGCAGGUUCUCCAGCGAGCUCACCCUCACCGUCGACGAGUACGACGGGCUCUACCCCAACACCCUGUUCCAGGCCGCCGAGACCUACCUCGGCACUGUCAUCACGCCCGACACCAAGCGGUUCCGGGCGAGCAAGCCCGAGAGGGAGAAGCGGAUCAAGGUGUCGGUGGAGAAGGACGAGGAGCUGACCGAUUGGUUCGGCGGGGUUCCGAUCAAGUGGCGGUUGUUCUGCAAGGAUACCCCCGGGAAGUACGUCGUGAAUCCGGACUCGUUGGGCUACGGACGCGGCGCGGCGACUCUGAAGACAGAGGCCCGGUGCUUUGAGCUCGUUUUCCACAAGAAGAUCAAGGACAAGGUAAUCAACGAGUACUUGCCUUACAUAUUGGAGAAAUCAAAGAUCUUAAAAGAGGAGCAGAGAACACUGAAGCUUUGGACCCUAAAGAUCGAACGGGGCAUGGGGGGGCCAAGAUCAAAGCUGUGGCAAUCCGUGAAUCUGGACCAUCCAUCAACUUUUGACACUCUGGCUAUGGAAUUAGAGGCGAAGGAAAAUAUAAUGGCGGAUUUGCGGAGGUUUGUGAAGAGGAAAGAAUUUUAUAGGAGAGUUGGGAAGGCGUGGAAGAGGGGUUACUUGCUUUAUGGCCCCCCUGGGACUGGGAAAUCAAGCUUGAUUGCGGCCAUGGCGAACUACUUGAACUUCGAUGUGUAUGAUUUGGAGUUAACUGCUAUGUGGAGCAAUUCUGAGCUGAGGAACUUGCUCAUUUCGACGGCGAAUCAAUCGAUUUUGGUGGUGGAGGACAUUGAUUGCUCAAUUGAGUUGCAAGAUCGGUUUAAGGCGGCGAAAAAACCGGUGGUAAAACCUUUGGUGGGUGGGGAUCCUUUCCCUUACGAACACGGGUACGAUCACGGGUCUACCGGGGUGACUUUAUCCGGACUACUGAAUUUCAUUGAUGGACUGUGGUCAAGUUGUGGGGACGAGCGGAUUAUUAUUUUCACCACUAAUCACAAAGAACGGCUCGACCCUGCACUGCUGCGCCCUGGGCGGAUGGACGUGCAUAUCCACAUGUCCUAUUGCACACCUUGUGGGUUCAGAAUGCUUGCCCAAAACUACCUUGAGAUUUCGGAGCAUCCGCUCUUUACGGAGAUUGAACGGUUGAUGAAGAUGAAAAAAGUGACUCCGGCAGAAGUAGGCGAGCAAUUGCUGAAGAACGAGGAGGCUGAGAGUGCGCUGAGAGGUUUGAUUGAGCUGCUUGAGGAGGAGGGUUGA